ACCACUGCGUGGCAGCACACCAUUCUUCAACGCGCGAAAAAGGACUUGCGGGAACGAACCCCUUGGGCUAGCUCUUCUCAGCUCGCGUGUCUGCAACAUCGGCGCGUCUCUCUGGCAGGACCGCCAUACCCACGUGUGCACCGCCUCUGCAACGAGCAUCAAGUUUCGACGAAGGCCCAUGAGGUUUGAACCCCGAGGAUACUGAGGUCGCAUGUGCUUAGACACUUCUUAUUCGGCUAAUACCUCUUUUGUGCAGAAAAGCUGGGGAUAACACACACUUCCGGCCAAUCAACAGUCUUGCCUCCUCAGAAGAACCGAGCUUUCGCAGGCAAGCACACCUCGCCAGCUUCGAUCUGUUGUUCGAUUCCGCAUUUCCGAAAGCUUCCCUCUCCCUGACGGCUCCGACAAACCAGCGCGCCGUGAUCACAAUGGUCAACGAGCACGCCCCGCCGCGGCUGCCGCCGCGUCCCCAGGACGCAACGAACCAGUCCCACAACGACGGCACGUCUUCCACACAACGAGCCUCAAGCGGACUGUCGUCCGCCAUGGCUUCACUACCAGCAGUAAAGGCGAAAGUUUGGGCGAGCUUGGACGAUAAGUACGCCAACCUCUUCAUUCAGCCAAAGAAUCGACCCGAGCACCAUCGACCGCAGCGCUUCAACGGACCCCUCGGACCAUCUUAUAAGGACAAGAAAGUCCCAACGGCACCGGUACAAGUGCUGCCUCCUGUGGGCACGUCUAGCAACCCUAUCACGGUGGUAGAUCAUGCACCGAUCUCGAGGUACAGCCAGCCUGGCGUGUUUUCGCAAUAUGUCGACCCAAAGCAGGCUACCGAGAACAUCAAAGCCCUACUCGAGGGCGCGAUAGAGGACGAUGAGGAAGCCAAGGACGCCUUGAAGGACGCGGAGGAACAAGAAAAGAAGUCAAAGAUAGAGGGGCUCAAGGUCCGCCUGCUACCGCACCAAGUUGAGGGUGUCGAGUGGAUGAGAGGCCGUGAACUAGGCCCCGUGAAGAAGGGAAAGGUGCCAAAAGGUGGACUGCUCGCCGAUGACAUGGGUCUCGGCAAGACGCUGCAGUCUAUCGCUCUGCUGCUGACCAACUCGAAGCCGGCGGACAAGCAUGCGGGAGUCGAGAAGAGCACAUUGGUGGUUGCGCCUUUGGCUCUGAUCCGCCAGUGGGAGUCUGAGCUUGAUGACAAGGUCGAGGAAUCGCACCGGCUCAAGGUUCUCGUGCACCACGGGCCGCAGCGGACAAAAGACUUUGCCGACCUACGCAAGUACGACGUCGUCAUUACCACUUACCAGAUCCUUGUUUCCGAGCACGGACAGUGCACGCCAACACGGCAGGCUGGGUGCUUCGGCCUGCACUGGUAUCGUGUCAUUCUUGACGAGGCGCAUACCAUCAAGAAUCGGAAUGCCAAGGCGACAAAAGCCUGCUACGAGCUCCGCAGCGUGUACAGGUGGUGCCUGAGCGGCACGCCGAUGCAGAACAACCUCGAGGAGCUGCAGAGCCUUGUCAAGUUUCUCAGGAUCAAGCCAUACGAUGAUCUACGCGAAUGGAAGGACCAUUUCGAGAUCCCAAUCAAGCAAGGCAAAGGCGAUGUGGCCAUGCAGAAAUUGCACGCCAUGUUGAGCUGCUUCAUGAAGCGGCGGACAAAGGAGAUCCUGAAGAAAGCCGGAGCCCUAGACACGGGUGGCAAGAAGAGUGCGGACCAAGAAAACAGCGCAACGUCAGAUUUCAAGGUGACGGAGCGCAAGGUUGUCUCAAUCGCCACGACAUUCUCCCCAGCGGAGCGACGCUUCUACGAGAGACUAGAGCGUCGGACAGACAAGAGCAUCGACGCCCUCAUGCAGGGCAACAUCAACUAUGCAAGUGCGCUCGUCCUGCUGCUUCGAUUGAGGCAGGCGUGUAACCACCCCAAAUUACUCGAGGGCAAGCUCGAGAAGGAUCAAGAGGCACUGUCAGAAGACCCGAAGCCCAAGAAGGCCGAUGCUGAUGUCGAUGCUCUCGCGGAUUUGCUUGGCGGGCUCGAUGUCGCUGCGAAGCAUUGUGACAUCUGCGGUUGGGAAAUCGACAAGGAAAGCCGCCAGGCUGGCCGUGAUAAGUGCAAGGACUGCCACGACGACCUCCAAUACUUCAGGAAUCACGAUGACGGCGCAAACCUGCUCAAAACACCGAAGCCCCCGAAGGCAAAGAAGAGCAAGAGAACUAAGGUCAAGAAGGUGGUCGUAGAGAAAAUCAACCUGGCUGCUGGGCGGAGGAAACCGAGAAACCGCCGCGCCGUCAUUGAUAGCGACGACGAGGAGGUAGAGGGCAGCUGGAUCGUCUCCGGGGACGAGAAGGGGCCUCUAAGGCUCGGCAAGGCUGGAGGCACCGAUGAUGAGAAUGCCGAGGGCGACGGCGAGACUAUCCAUACCGAGGACUCUGAGGAUGAUGAUGAAGACUCGAGGGAAGGCAGCCAGCUUGGAAGUUUCGUGGUGGACGAUGGCAGAGAUACGAAACCUGAGUAUAUCAAGAAAGCUCUUGAGGAGAGCGACUCUGAUGACGACCUGCCUGCUCCGUCUGCUAUUGCCCGCCGGUCAAGGAAGGGCCAAGCACGAGCAUCACGGGCCGUCGUAUCGCCGUCUGGGUCCGAAGACGAUGAAGACGAUGAAGACUCCUACGAAGAGGAGGCCGGCGAGGAAAGUGAUGAAGAUACAGGCAUCUCAGAGUCUGAACUUGACUCGGACUCGGACAACAAUGGCACCUUUAAAGACCGCUCACAAACGCCGCACGUCCUGGCCUCGGCCAAGAUUCGGCAACUUCUCACGAUUCUGCACAAGGAAGUUCACGAGCACAAAUUCAUCGUCUUCUCACAGUUCACAAGCAUGCUGGACUUGGUCGAGCCAUUUUUCCGCAAAGACGGCAUCAAGUACACGCGAUACGACGGGUCGAUGCGCAACGACGCGCGCGAGGCGGCACUCAACAGCCUCCGGCACGAUGCCGGCACACGUGUGCUCCUGUGCUCGCUCAAGUGCGGCGCGCUGGGUCUGAACUUGACUGCGGCCUCACGCGUCGUGAUACUUGAGCCAUUUUGGAAUCCCUUCGUCGAGGAGCAGGCCAUCGACCGUGUGCACCGCCUCACCCAGAAAGUCGACGUCAUUGUGUAUAAGCUGACGGUCGAGGAUACGGUCGAGGAGCGCAUCUUGGAAUUGCAGGAGAAGAAGCGCGCGCUUGCGGACGCGGCGAUCGAGGGCGCGGCUGCUUCAGGCGGCGUCGGUGGCCGCGGUGGCAAGCAGGGCAUGGGCCUGGGCUUGAAGGAGAUGAUUGCGCUGUUCAAGCAUGCUGGCCGCGACGGUGGUGGCGGCGGCGGCGGCGGCCACUACGACGACGUCAACGACCGAGUUGUCCACGACGACGUGUUCAGCUCGCUGAGCGGGAUGCGCAGUAAGAAGAACCACGGCAGCGGCAGGGGGGGUACAAAGGACCAUGGUGUAUAUGGACGCCGGUGGUGAUUCGUGGCCGCCUUGGGCGCCGUGCCUGACCCUGACGCCCAACUAAGAAGAUUUUGUCACUUGCGAUCAUGAUGUAGCGAGACGAGGUCGCGUGGCAGGCAGGCAGGCAGGCAGGCAGGGGCACGGCAUGACGAUACUUUAUGAAUGAACGCUGGGGGUUUGGAACACAGGAGUUGUAGCAUACCGAGCGAGGCCCACGAGAAUACAUUAUUCACUUUUUAACCCACCUGUUCAGCCA